AUGAGUCUAUUUGAAAGCCUGUUCAAUUUUUUUCUUCGGAUCAGCCCUGUCCUGGGUAUGGUUGUUGUGAGCGGCUUCCUAUAUCUAAUUGUUGAUCAUAUUCACAUCCCUCGGUGGUGGGACAAAAAAGCCCACCUGGUCGGACGAAAGAAUCCCAAGAGAAUUACUAAACUUGAAUGCCCUUAUGAAUAUCUUCGUGAAGUCUACGGCAAGCAUCAUUGGAUAGCGUUUGUUCACAAGCUAUCCCCCUCCCUUCAUAAUGAUGAUCCUCCUAAGUACCGGAUGGUGUUGGAGAUUAUGGAUGCUAUACACCUCUGCCUAAUGCUGGUUGAUGAUAUCUCCGACGGAAGCGAUUACCGCAAAGGACGACCCACUGCUCACAAUAUAUACGGCCCAUCCGAAACAGCAAACCGCGCCUACUACAGAGUCACCCAGAUUCUCAACAAAACAACGAAGGACUUCCCCAAUCUCGCCCCAUGGCUGAUGCAGGAUCUCCAGGAUAUCCUUGAAGGUCAAGAUAUAUCCCUAGUUUGGCGCAGGGAUGGAAUCCGUGCGUUCCCUACUGCCACUGCGGACAGAAUUGCGGCAUAUCGAAGAAUGGCCUCUCUCAAGACCGGUUCAUUAUUCCGUUUACUAGGCCACCUUGUCCUAGAGAAUGAUUCCAUGGAUGAAACUUUAACUACGGUUGCCUGGCAUUCGCAGCUCCAAAAUGACUGUAAAAAUGUUUAUUCUUCGGAGUAUGCAAAGCUGAAAGGCUCUACAGCCGAAGACUUGCACAACCGCGAGAUGACGUAUCCUAUCGUGCUAGCAUUAGACGCACAUGACGGCCAUUGGGUGGCCAAGGCCCUGGAAUCUCCCUCACCCCACAAUGUCCGUAACGCCAUGAAGGUAAUUCGAUGUGACUAUGUGCGCAAUAUAUGCAUGAAUGAGCUGGUUAGAUCUGGUGCUUCGGUUAAAGAAUGGUUGGAGCUAUGGGGAAGAAAGGAGAAACUGGAUUUGAAGGCAUGA